CCGUUUCCUGCUACUAUUGUAUUACACUUCCAUGUUUUUCACCUCAAACAGCGACGGUAAUGUGAACCUUAAACGCCACAUCGCCGCCCCUGUGUGACUUGUCCCAUACAGAGUCCGUUAACCCUCGCCGCGGCAGGCAGAGGUGCUGUUUCGGGACAAACAUGGCCAACUGUGUGACUUUCCAGAACAAGUUAACCUCCAUCAUGGAGAUGCUAGCUAAAGCAGCCGUGGUGGAAAUCAACAAAUUGUGGGAGGACGGCUACGCUCUGGUCCAGGUCGAGCUCCGCCGGAGAGAAGGCGAAAUUGAAGCGCUGAACAGAAAAUUGAAGUUGAUGGAAAACGAGCGGCUAACGGUCCGGACUCAGACUGUGAGUAAGUCCAGGAGAGAGCAGCCGAACAAGCUGCUGCCGCCCGCCGGUAAUGGCCCCACAGUGGAUUCAGUCAACACCCUGUCUUCUGAUCAGGGCAUCAGAGAUAAGGCAGACACCUCAACAAACAAUAGAACAUCGCCUCCAGCUCAAACAGAAGAGAAACAGACUGAGCAGCUCAAGUCGGGCCUCUGUGAAAGUGAGGACAGAGAGGAUGAGGACUUAAUAGUCAAGCUGGAAGAUGAGGAUGAUGUCCAGAUUGUGGAACAGAUUGUGGACUCGGAUCCCGGUGUUCUAGACAGAGCGGGUCACCACGAGAUGGAUGUGAACCUCCAACCUUCUGAAGUGGUGGAGGAGCCAGAGACUCAGCAGUGGUUGUCUGUUUCCGUUGGAGACGACUCAGACUGCUUCUUUGAACCAAAGCAGCUGUCGCAAAAUCUGGACUCAGAAAUCUUGCUCAUUCAGAAUGCCUUGGAUAUUUUUGAUAAUUCAGCAGAGACGGCUUAUUCUGUGAGAGAUAACGGGACAGUUCAAGGUGCGUCGAGUAAAUCAAGGCCUUCAUUGACUUUCAGCCAGUCUCAGCCAAGUCAACCUCUAGAAACAAUAAAUCACCCAGAGAGAGGAAUGUCCAUUAGAUUCCUUUCAGAGAAGCAACAACAACAAACUAAACCUAUGUCUGCUUUCAACCCGGACAGCAGAUUAUUUCUUUUAAAUGACCCAGAGUUGCACAAAACUAUAGCGAAUCGCCACGUCAAGGAGAAAUGGUACAUCUGCCCAUUCUGCGGCAAGAGCUUUGAUCGCAUCAGCCAUCUGGAGAUUCACCAACGAAUUCACACAGGAGAGAAACCGUACACGUGCGAUAUAUGUGGCAAGUGUUUUUCUCAGAGGAGUAACCUUCGCACUCAUCAACGGACUCACAAAGAGGCUCUUUCGCAAAAUACAGUUUAAUUCAACAGAGUGGGAAGAUUGAAAAAAGCUAGAAGUAUCCCAGUGGAAUUUUAUGUCUAGCUUAAUUAAAUCCUUUUUGUAUUUUGAUAUUACUGAAAAACAGUGUAGCUGACUGAUUUUACUGUGCUUUCAUUUUUUUUAGAUAAAGUACAACUUUGACAUAGCUUAGACUGUAAGAGUUGAUACUUGUUUGUAAAUCGAGCCAGUUAAGAGAUUUAUAAAAACAUUUUGGGACGUACA